AUGAAUAAUAAAAAAAAAGAUAAUAAUAAUACGAUUAAAUCAAAUUUAAAUAAAGAUAAACAAUAUAUUUUAAUAACAGGACAUAUAGCUGCAGAUUUUGAUACGUUGUCAUCUGUCUUUGCAUCUUUUAUCCUAUUGAAAAAUAUAAUUGCGAAUAAAGAUUUUGCAAAUUUACAGAGAUAUUUUAAUAACGUGAAUUUCAAAGAAGAUAAUCAUGAUUUAGAUAUAGUAUGUCUAUUACCACCUACACAAUAUCCAAAUUUAGUUGCAUUCAUAGAGGAAUACAAUGAAUCAAUACUUUUACAAUACAAUAUCUUUUAUAAUAAUAAUCUAUCACCUGAUAUAAUUGAUAAUAUAAGAUAUCUAUUCAUUGUAGAUACAAAAAGAUUAUCAAGAUUAAAACAUAUAUAUAAUGUUUUAUAUUUAAAUAAUAAUAAUAAUAAUAAUAAUAAUAAUAAUAAUAGUGAUGAUAUUAGUAAUAGUAAUAAUAAUAACAAUAGAAUUAAUAAUGAUAAUAUAAAAUCUAUAUAUAUAUGUGAUCAUCAUCCAAUUGGAUCGGAUGAUAUUCCAUCGUCUGACAGUACUCUGGUAGAGACAACUAUAUCUGGUUCAAACGCCGCUAUAAUCAUUGAUAUGCUUAGUGUACGACACGAUACUCUGAAGCUAACAGACUUGGAGGCAACCGUCAUGGCAAUCGGAAUCUACGAAGACACUGGAAAGUUGACAUACGGUGGAACUUCACAUCUUGAAUUCAAGGCAAUGGAGUAUCUAACCAGACAUUACUCUUUGGACAUGUCAAUGUUAAGAAGAUUCCUAUCUAUUGGUAAAUCAACAACUAGUCAUCAACAACUACAAGAUGAAGAUAAUAAUCAACAACAACAUACAAAUAAUGUUCAUGAAAUAUUGAUUUUAGAAUCUAUGCGAAAAACACUUACAAAGAUAACGAUAGACGCUAUCGAUAUCUAUUGUUGUGAACUUGUAGGAGAUGAAUCUAAACAUUCAUUGUCACCACUUAUACAACUGUACUUGGAGUUCAAUCAUCAUAUUCAUACGUUGCUGGUGUUUAUUCGUGCUGAGGAAUCGGGAACUGUUGUCAUAUGUCGAACCACAAAAGAUACGCCAAUCGAUGUCGGAAAGAUCUGUGAGACGGUCGGUGGUGGCGGUCACAAGUGCGCUUCGUCGGUUACCCUCAAAGAUGCCACUCUCUCCGAGGCCAAGAACAUCAUGUUUGCAUUGAUCUACGGUACACUCAUUGGCAGGGGAAUUAACAUUCAAAAGAUAAUGACAAUAAACCCAAUCGUUGUAACCUAUCAAUCGUCAUUAGAAGAUAUCAACCAACUAUUUCAAUCAAAUACAACUAUUAAAUAUUUAUUAGUUAAUAAUAAUAGCAAUAACGAUAAUAAUAAUAGUGAGCAAGAUAAAGAUAUAGGACAGAUAUCUAGGAAUCAAUCACAAUACUAUUAUUCUUUAAACUCUAAAAAUAGAAAUCAAAAGAUAUCUGAUAUCUUGGAGAUUGACUCUGCUCAGUAUGUUGAUACCGAGAGUACUCUGCUCGAUGUAAUUCAACUGAUGACAAGUAAACUUCAGUGGAUUGUUCCUGUUGUGGAUCGUUCAAACAAUGGCUGUGGUUUAGUAGGUGUUGUAUCUGUAACCGAUAUUCUAAAGAACAUACUAGAUGCUAUCAAUAAUAAAAUUAUUGUAGAAGAUAUUCAAAAUAAUAAUAAAAGAGAUUUUACUUAUGAUUUAUCUAUAAGGUUACCUGGUAUAGUUCAUAAAUUAGUAACAAUAUUACAUGAACUCUGUAAUCAAUCGAAUAUAGAUAUCUAUUUAGUUGGUAAUACAGUGGUAGAGAUCUUAACCUAUGAUCAACACUCUUCACAUUCUAUCGAUAAAUUCUCAUCGGUAUUGGUCUUGGAUAAUAAUCAACAACAAACAACUGUCAGCCAUGUCAUAGAAUAUAUUAAAACCAAUAGUGAUUGGAAAGUAAUACAGAAAGAUAAUGAUAAUGAUGAUAGUGAUCAAUCUCAAACAAUUAUUCUGACCAAAGGCAAAUAUACAUUUAGCAAUAUAUUUUAUCCAAAUUCCGAUUAUAUAUAUACUUUUCAACCAAGUAUUAUCAAAUCCUAUUGUUACUCUGGUUUAUACACUUUCAAUUCCAUUGUUAUCUCACUAAAAUCAUACAAUCUAUAUGAUUUCUUUUUAGGAAUAGAUGAUCUAAAUCAAAAGAGAAUAAGAACACUACAUUCAACUUCUUUUAUAGAUAAUCCUAAAUCACUCUUGGAUAUUCUAACAGUUUCCAACAAGAUGAAAUUCAAACUAUCUAGAGAGACAAAGAAAUUCAUAAAGUAUUCUACCAUGCAGAUGUCAGCAGCCAAGAAGAUCAGUGGAAGACAAUUCAUGGAUUUCUUUAAGCAAAUAUUCAAGAGAGAUGGACAAGACCAUAUAGAUAUCCUCAAGGAUAUGCAGAUCUACUGUAUACUCCAAGAGAUAUCUCCAAACCUACAGAUUAACAGCAGACUUUUUAGACAUAUCGAAGAUACAAUACUAUGGUAUCAAACACUUCAUCUUGAUCAGAAACCAAAUCUAGUUAUGAUGAGAUUCAUUGUAUUGUUACAAGGUACACCCACAAAAGAGAUAUCAAAAAGUCUGUUUGAAAGGUUGGAACUUACUGAGGAGGAGAGGAAUUGCUAUGCUGAUUGGAUAGAGAAAAUAAAGACCAACAAGAAACUAAUUAAGCAAUGGAUCUAUGAUUCAAGAGCCAACGAAUACGGUGACAUUCAAACUCUUAACUCUAUACUCUCUCCUCUUCCUUUGGAGUGCAUUCUCUUAACAUUAGCUACGCUCAUGGAUGAACAGGAAACCAAACCCAAAGAUAACAAAGAACAUCUCUAUUUCUUAUUCCAAGCACCAUUCUCUCUAUACUUUAAUCAUAGUCAACUAUCAAAGAAACCAACAACAACAACGACAACGACAACAGUGAAAUCUCAAAAGCCAACUGAUAAACUCUUUUCUAAAUAA